ACAUACAAUGGCCCUUCCCUCAUGUGUGUGUGUGUAUGUGUGUGUGUGUGUGUUUAAAUAAUGCUUGUACUGACUAGUCACCUGCUGAAAACACUGAAAAAAUCCUGAAAAUGAUUUUCAAGAUUAUUUCCUUUGUUCUUCUUUUUCUGGCAUUGGCAGGAGCAGGAACAGUAAGUCUUAUUGGCAAGAGUCACCAAGGAGACAGUCCUCUGCUCAAUUAUGUGGUGAAUAACUCUUUAAGGGCGCAUCCAGUGUUGACCAAACUGCAACUGAGAACAAUGGAAGAUUCCUGGAGCCGUAUGAUGGUGGCUCCAGAACAAGCUCAGUUCAUGGCUAAUCUAAUAAAACUGAUCAAGGGCAACAAAACCAUUGAAGUUGGCAUGUAUACAGGAUACAACGCCUUGAGUAUGGCUUUGGCUAUUCCCGAAGAUGGCCUUGUUGUGGCCUGUGAAAUCAAUGACGAUUAUGUGCAAAUAGCUAAGCCUUUCUUUAAAGAGGCUGGAGUAGAAAAGAAAAUUGACAUCCGUCUUCAAACUGCACUCAAAACCUUGGAUGAACUCCUUGCGGCUGGUGAAGGUGAAACGUAUGACUUUGUGUUCAUUGAUGCGGAUAAGAUAAAUUAUGAUAAUUACUAUGAGAAAUCCCUCCAGCUUAUUCGUAAAGGUGGCAUAAUAGCUAUCGAUAAUGUCCUUUGGGGAGGGAAAGUCAUAAACCCUGACAAGGAUGAUGUCACCUCCCAGACCAUUGACCAGCUGAAUAGGAAACUCCACAAAGACCAGCGUGUGGAUCUGAGCAUGCUCACUGUUGGUGACGGCCUAACACUGGCUAUUAAACUAUAAUCCUUUCCAAAAAAAAAAAGUGCCUCAUGAUAGCACUAUAUAAUUGUUAUUGAAAAUUCAUUAUAUUGUCAUCCUUCAGCAACUCAGUGAUCUCUUUCACUUCCUGUCUCAUGAAAUGCUGAAUAAACAGAACAAAUUCA